AAAUUCCGAUGCCAUUCCUCAGUAGAUAAGGAGGAAUUUCUCAAUUCUCUGAAUUAUCCGUCCGAUUCCUUGAUUUUCUCCGAUGGCUGGUGCGUCGCUGAUGGACACCCUUUUCCAGCGGACUCUGGAGGACCUAAUCAAGGGCCUGAGGCAGCAGCUGAUCGGAGAGCCUGCCUUCAUCUCCAAGGCUAUGGAGGAAAUCAGACGAGAGAUCAAAUCCACUGACCUCUCCAUCAAGUCCACCGCCCUCCUCAAGCUCUCCUACCUUAGCUCCCUCCACUUCUACGACAUGUCCUUCGCGGACUUCCACGCCCUCGAGGUCCUCUCCUCCCCUCGCUUUGCCCACAAGAAGAUCGCCUACCACGCCAUCUCUCUUUGCUUCCACGAUACCACCCCUGUGCUCCUUCUCAUCACCAACCAUCUCCGCAAGGAUCUUACCAGCACCAAUGAGUAUGAAGUAAGUUUAUCUCUACAAUGCUUGUCGAAAAUUGCUAAUGUCGAUCUUGCUAGGGAUUUGACUCCGGAGAUUUUCACUUUGUUAUCUAGUAGUAAAGUUCAUGUCCGCAAGCAGGCCAUAGGUGUAGUUUUGAGGGUUUUUGAGAAGUACCCAGAUGCUGUUAGGGUGUGUUUCAAGCGUUUGGUAGAGAAUUUAGAGAGUUCUGAUCCCCAGAUUGUGUCUGCAAUUGUGGGGGUCUUUUGUGAGCUUGCAUCCAAGGACCCCAGGUCUUACCUUCCUCUGGCACCUGAGUUUUAUAGGAUUUUGGUGGAUUCUAGGAACAAUUGGGUUUUGAUUAAGGUGUUGAAGAUUUUCGCGCAGUUGGCUCCAUUAGAACCGAGGUUGGCUAAAAGGGUUGUUGAGCCGAUUUGUGAUUAUAUGAGAAGGACUGUAGCUAAAUCCUUAUUGUUUGAAUGUGUUAGGACUGUUGUAAGUGGUUUGAGUGACUACGAGUCUGCUAUGAAACUUGCAGUUGUAAAAAUCCGGGAGUUUUUGUUGGAUGAUGAUCCAAAUCUUAAGUAUCUUGGGCUGCAAGCGCUUUCCACUGUUGCACAGAAGCACUUGUGGGCAGUUUUGGAGAAUAAGGAGAUUGUGAUUAAGUCAUUAAGUGAUGUGGAUCCUACUAUUAAAGUUGAGUCAUUGCGCCUUGUGAUGGAAAUGGUGUCUGAGACUAAUGUGGCUGAAAUUUCAAAGGUUUUGCUCAAUUAUGCACUUAAAUCUGACCCUGAGUUUUGCAAUUGGAUUAUUGGAUCCAUUUUAUCAACGUGUUCUGGAAAUGUGUAUGGGAUGAUUGUUGACUUUGAUUGGUAUGCAUCACUUCUUGGGGAAAUGUCAAGAAUCCCACAUUGCCAGAAGGGAGAAGAAAUUGAAAAUCAGCUAAUUGACAUUGGCUUGAGGGUCAGGGACGUUAGGCCACAACUUGUUCAUGUUGGCCGUGAUCUGCUGAUUGAUCCUGCUUUACUUGGUAAUCCAUUCUUGCACAGAAUAUUAUCUGCUGCUGCUUGGGUGUCUGGGGAAUAUGUUGAGUUUUCAAGGAACCCAUUUGAACUUGUGGAAGCUUUAUUGCAACCUCGCACCAGUUUGUUGCCACCUGCUAUUAGAGCAAUAUAUAUUCAGUCUGCCUUUAAAGUGUUAACAUUUUGUCUGCUUACUUACCUUUUGCAAAGGGAAAGUACUGCUUCUUCCUCAUGGCCUGAUAAUUUGCAGUCAGGAGUUCCAUCAUCUGAUUUGUAUGAAUCACUGGCAGAUCUCUCAGUGGGAAAUGGUGCAAGUGCAACUGUUACUCCUGGGGAGGUAUCUCCAUCUGCUUCUCUGGAGAAAAACAAUUUCUCACAUGAAUCUAUUGUAAACCUGUUGAACGUGGUUGAAUUGGCCUUAAGCCCACUCUCUGGAAGUCAUGAUGUGGAAAUACUGGAGAGAGCACUGAAUGUACUUGGUUUUAUUGAUUUAAUAAAGGAAAAAGUGCUUAAUUCUUCAGCUCAUAAGGAAAAUAGUUCUGAAGGGAAAGAAGUGGAGGUGGCUGAAAUUGUACAACUGAUGCAUGAUGCCUUUUCUGAGGAGCUUGGUCCUGUGUCAGUAAGUGCCCAGGAAAGAGUUCCUCUACCAGAUGGGUUAAUCCUUAAGGAGAAUCUAAUUGACUUGGAAGCUAUUUGUGGUGAUAUAGGACUACCUUCACCAAACUCCUUUUCUUUUGACAGUACCAGUUAUGAGGAGACAGUUGGGAUUUCUUUGUCUAAUCUUGAGAUUAAAGAAGGCUUAGAACAAUCAAAUGAGUCCACAUCUCUGCUAGCUGAACAUCGUAAGCGUCAUGGGUUGUAUUAUCUUCCUUCAGACAAGAGUGAAACUAUUUCAAAUGAUUAUCCUCCUGCCAAUGAUCCCAGGUCACAGGAUAUUGCCACUGAUGACACCAAUGAUUUGAUUAAAUUUGCAGAGCAGUCAUUUGCUCCGAGGAGAAAACCAAGUCAUACCAAGCCUCGGCCUGUGGUGGUUAAAUUGGAUGAUGGGGAUGAGAUGCCUAUUGUAACCAAGAAGCCAGACCCAAAAGAUGACUCAUUGUCAGAUGCUGUGCGGGAUGUUCUUUUAGGUAGUGAAACCAUAAUAGGCACUUCAUCACAAAGUAACCUUUCUGAUAAGCCAUCCAGCAAGAGAAAAGGAAAGGAAAAACAGAAUAGAGAUCUUCAUCUGGAAUUGAAAGAAAAUUUAGUUGAUGAUGGAAAUCCUAGUUCAAGGAGAAGCAAACACCAUAGCCAUGAAAAAGAGAGAAGACACAAAAGUCCUAGGAAGAAGAAUGCUGAGGAAAGACGAGAUAAUGGUCGGAAAGAGAAGCAGAAGAGCAGUCAUCUCCAUGGUAGGCACAGACAAAGGGCUGAUGAGCCCUCAAAUGUUUCUGCACAAAUAGCAGUGAUUCCUGAUUUCCUUUUAUAGUAAGAUUUUUUUAUUAUAUAGUCUGAGAGUGCUGGAGAGAAUUCAGUUGAUGAUUUCCCUGCAUUCCUUGAGUUCUAAGGUUAGUUGCUCUGUAGAUUUUAUACUCUCUGUUUUCAGCUGGGGUUUUUUUUUUUUUUUCAAACUUAAAAGUUUGGGAUUGAUUUUACAUGUUACAUGUUGUGAAAUUCAAUUUUGUGCAGUAAAAUUUUCAAUUUGAU